AUGCCUGCAAAUGGCGUGGACAAAACCACGGUCGGCUUGUUCUACGCCUCCCAAACAGGCACUGCCGAGGAGGUGGCUUGGGAGCUGGCGCGGGAGGCUCGACGCCGCGGCUGGCCCCUGGAACCGAGGGCGCUGGAUGAGACCAGCAUUCAGGAGUUGAGCCGAACGAAGAUUGCGAUCUUCGUGGUUUCCACCACUGGGCAAGGUGAUCCGCCUUUGAACAUGAGGCGGCUCUGGCAGGAGAUGCUCUCGGCCUCUUUGCCUCCAACGUUGCUGGCGGAAAUGUCAUACACGGUAUUUGGCCUUGGAGACCGGCGCUACCGGGAGUUCAACUAUGCCGCCCGGAAGCUGCACGCGCGGCUCGGGAACUUGGGCGCAAAGUCCUUCCACCGCCUCGGCCUGGGAGAUGAUCAGCAUGACUUCGGUAUGGAGCAGGAGCUGGACCCUUGGGCCGAAGGCUUGUGGGCUGCUCUAGCAGAGCUGCGGUCACCCUUGGUGCCCACUGAAGAUGACGGAGACACGCGAUACGAGGUCGAGGAGCUGGGCUCAGACUUCAAGAACGGUGACGGAGAUGACUCCAAUCUUCAGGACCUUCCAGCUGAUGGAUUCUCGGCAGAGGUGGUGGCCAAGCGAAGCUUGUGCAGCCACAGCCAUGCAGCGGAGGUCCAGGACGUUUGGAACAUCAGGCUCCGAUUGCCCCCAUCAGCAACUUAUGCUGCUGGAGAUGUUCUUGUAGUGUGGCCAAGAACGCAACCAAGCCUCGUGGAGCGAUUUGUUGUGGAGACCCUGGAGCGCUCUUUGGAGGAGUUCGUGCGGAUACGGCCCCGCUCCGUGGCUGCCAGCCCGUUUCCUGUGCGACCCUUGAGCCUUCGGGAGCUGUUCAGUCGAUACCUGGACGUUACGUCGGUCCCGAGCCGCUAUUUCUUCCAUGUGCUGUCUCUCCACACCCAAGAUGAGCUCCACAAGAAGAAGCUCAGUGAGUUUGCAUCACGUUCUUUGGAGGCCAAGGAUGCACUCUACGAGUACUGCAAACGCGAGCGCCGUUCGGCUGCCGAGGUCAUGUGGGAUUUCUGGACGGCACGGCCGCCGCUGCCGGCAUUGAUCAGCGCCUUGCCGCUCUUGCGGCCUAGGCGGUACUCCAUUGCAUCAUCCCCAAGGUGGAUACGACCGCUGCCACAUACACCUUGGCCGGCCGGACGCCUUGGGCCAUGGCCCUGGACCGCCUACCUCUGUUCCAGAGAGGAUGGUUUGGGCUCCACAGCAAUCGGCCGAGCACUAGAAACUGGGGGUGAAGCCGGAAACGAGGCUGCACCCUUGGAGCUCGAUCUCUGCGUGGGGAUCGUGAACUCUGUGACAAGGAGCAAUCGCGAAGUCAAGGGGCUGUGUAGCAACUUCUUGAAGGAUGCAGUGGUCGGAGCGCGCAUUCAGUGCAGUCUCGAGGAGGGAAGCUUGAAGCUUCCACCGCCUGACGUGCCCCUGUUGAUGGUCUGCCCGGGUACUGGGCUUUCGCCUUGCCGAGCACUUUUGCAGCAGAGGCAUCUCCAGCUCCUAGAUUCUGCGGCUUCGUACCAGGCUCAUGACCGGCAGAAGGAUCUGUUGUUCCUGGGUUUCCGGCACCAAGACGGAGACUUCUUGUACGGCGAGGAGUGGUCGACAUUUAGCAACUGGCUCUCCGUCCAUGUGGCUUUCUCCAGAGACCACGAUGAUCGGAAGGUCUACGUGCAAGACAUCAUCGAAGAAGCCGGCGAGCAGGUUGUUCGCCUUCUCGAUGCUGGAGCCAUGAUCUUUGUUUGCGGGCGUUCGCAUCCCAUGCCAUCACAGGUCUUCGACGCUUUCGUGGAGGUCUUGCAAAAGCAUGCAGGCCAGCCGCCCAUACUGUGGAAUGCAGGGAUGUGGGAGCAGAUCAAAGAAGAGUUGGUGCUUCAGCUGCGGCUGCUGGAUUUGGGCGACCACCCUGGCGACUUCUUGCGCCUGGCGCCCGAGCCGCCUGCACUGGAGGCCGUGGAGCGGGCGAUCCGUUCCCUUGUGGCGAUUGGGGCCCUGGAGAACAGCUCCAAGCUGGGCCUGACACCUUUGGGCUUCCAUCUGGCGCACAUGCCGGUGGAUGCACGAAUAGGAAAGAUGCUGGUAUACGGAUCGCUUUGCCAAUGCCUGGCACCCAUCCUCACUAUUGCUGCCUGCCUGUCUCAGAAGUCCCCAUUCGUGCGCAGCUUCAACCGAACGAAAGAGGAGCUCCAGGUGACUGAGCGCCAGGGGGCCUGGGGCUACCUCAGCAGUGAUCAGCUCGCCGUUGUGAAAGCCUUCGAAAAGUACCAGGAGCAGAAGCUGGUCAGUCGCGAUGCUGCCUGGGAGGUGUGCGACCGCUUCGGGCUUUCCGCUUCCACGCUGGAUGACAUGGCGCAGCUUCGAAGGCAGUUUCUGCGGCACCUCACCGAGACGGGCUUUGCAAUGGAGGAGGCUGAGGAUGGAGGCGAGCAGGUCAACAUUCACAAAAAGAACAUGUCGCUGGUGCGAUGUGUCUUAUGCGCAGGCUUGUUUCCCAGCGUGGCACAGGUGCAGAAGCACAGCAAUUCCCGCGGAACUUCGUACCAGAUUUUCGUGAGCCGCCAAAAUGAGCGCUGCACACCCCACCCGUCGAGCCUGAACUUCAAGGCUCAGGACUUUGCAGCCAACCACGGCUGGCUGUUGUUUCAUGACAAGGUGAAGACAACGCAAGUCUACCUCCACGAUACGACGCUGGUAGGCGCAAUACCGCUCCUGCUCUUCGGGGGGGAGCUGAAAAUUUCCUCCAAGGAUUGUGCGAGGGUUCACUUGUUGCUUGUGUAG